GCAGGGGCCCAGUGUAUCAGCAGAAAUAGGGACACACCUCAUGUUUGGUACCAAGUCUUAAAACUUUCGGGAUUUGCCCUCUUCCAGAGUCUCUUUAGACUCGCAUCAUUCAACAAAACAAUCACUAUUGCCUGUGUUGUCUGUUUGCGUGUUUUUGUUUGUUCCUGAAAACCUGCAUUUACUCCACACUGGACUUGAAUCAAGGAACUGGCGUCGAAAGCGGGGAGUCGAAUAGAGUGGGAGGAUGGGUGACUGGGACGGAAGUCGAGUCUCAGAUGUGCCCUGGAUUUCUUGGCGCAGCACCAGCACUGAGAGCCCCAGCCCCUCCCACACCACCCCUCGCCUGCACUCUUAUCUACCUGUCUAGUGUUGGAAAUCAGAUGCUCUCCCUCUUUUUAUCGAAGUCACACAGACUCAAAGGCAACUGAUGCUCGAGCAAAAUAUGCUUCUCAAUCAUGGAUCAGACAAGGGUGUGGGGCAGGGGCCCCCAAAAAGAGUUGAAUUAGCAAAUCUCUCUUUAAAAAACAAAAAAAAAAAAACAAAGGCCUGGGUUGAAUAUGCACAUGCUAGUUUAUAUACAGUAUACAACCAAGAGUACAUAAUGGGUGUAUGUGUGUAUAUGGCUAGAUUUCUCUGUUUUCCACUUAGCCUAAGCCCCCUCCCCUCCCCUGCCCUACCUUCAGCCCUAUCCUGUGUAUCCUCCUCAACAUUAUAUUUCCCAGAAGACAAGAUCAUAAACAUAUCAGAGUAAUACAAAAUAAUGAAAAACAAAUACUUGAAUCAAAAGAAGCGCCAAUAAUGUAAUGUGAACACUUUUUGUAGUGGUUUUUUGUCUCAUUCAUACACUUCAGAGAUUUUUGAUAGCAUCGGUUCAGAGUGAAUUAAAUUUGAAAUACGAGUGUUGUUGAAAACAAAGAUCGAUAUAAAGGCAAAAUUUACGUCUGUUGUAUUUGAGUGUUUGCACAAGGCUGCUUGUACUGUAUGUUGUAUGAAUGACUGUGUAGUGCGUGAGAUGACAAUAUGUAUGAGCGCUCGUGAUUACAGCGGAGGAAUUUCCGCCUUGUGAUUCUUUUCAAUUCAGUAUACUUUGGUUGUUGAUUUGUUUUUGUUUUUUUCUUUUUGCUUGUCAAAAAUAUAUUCUGAUGUUAAUUGUUACUAGCCUCUAGCGUUGCACUGAGUGUCGGCCUCACCCCUCAUCCAGCUAAACGAACAACAUGAUACAAGUACUGAGGGGAGACGGGGACAGUUCAUGUGUAAAUGUUUACUCAAGGACUAAAAUAAGUGUGUUUUUAAAAAUGUAAUGUUUAUCUACCUUAGUGGCUUUCAUUGUGGAAUAAUCCAAGAAAGUAUGGAUCAUAAUUGAGUAUUGCACCAUUUUUCAGACUGUAAACCUAAAAAAAAAAAAAAAAAAACCUGAAAAAAAAAUCACAUAUGUAUAAAAAAAAAAAAGCAGCAAAAAAGUAUUUUGCAGACCUGUGGCCAUAGAUUGGGGUAGAAGGACUUCAGCUCUCCCAAAUCUGAGCAACGGAGAGAGUGAAGGAUGAGACAUCAGACUGAGCCUUGGCUUUUAGGGCUCACUUCAGAGGUGCCUACCUUUUUGGUUUGUUAGCUUUCGUUCUGUUUUCACUUUUUUGUUCAGUUUCACUCAUGUCGUCAUUUGUUUUCCUGCAAGGCCACUGACAGUUUACAAACGCUUUGGUUUUUUGUCUGGAGUUCAGAAAAAAAAAGAAUCAGCAGCAACAACAACAACAACAAAAAAUAAAUUAAAACCACGGGAAUGUUGGAAAAAGAAAAAAACGGACAAAUGCUUCCAUUUUUUUUUUUUUUUUUUAAAGUGCAACACUUCACAGAAUGAAGAUUUAUAGUGCUACUUUCAGAACUCUGGGAUUGAACAGUGUUGUCUUGUUCUGUUUAACCUUCUUUGUUCUGUGUUAAUGUUGAUUUUCAUGGACUAUCUGAAGCCUGUAUGUUUUAUGUUGAUUAUAUAUAUUUUUCCUUUAUAUAAAAAAAAAAAACAAGAAAAGAAAAGUAAAAAAAAAAAAAAAAAAAGACAUAAUUGCUCACUAUCUUGCACACACACGAAAAAGUGGAUCUUGUCUCAGGAAGGCCAGGGUUCCAGAGUACCAACUCCACGCCAUUUUAAUGUACAUUUUUAUGAUGAGUUACAAAAAAAAAAUGGAUGAUUUAAAAGAAA